AAAUCCCAAGCCCAAAAGCCCAAAUCCUAAAGCCCAAAUUGUCUAAGCCAGAUAUUUGUUUGAAACUGUGGCUAAACCUCAUUAUCUCAGUUUUUUCAUCCUCUCAAAAACACACACAAAAAAUGGCGAUUUCUGCAAAUUCUUCGCUUCAUCUUUCUUCCUCCUUUUGCAGAGAUGUUUUUCCAACCUCUUUAUCUUCCAUUUGCCCUCUUUAUGGUGGUUCGAUUUCCAGAAAAGGGUCGGUUGUUUUUGCAAGGAGGUUAUUUGGGUUGGAGGAAGCCAUGCGAAUUCAGAGGGAAAAAGAACUCCAAGAUAAAAAGCCAGUAAAACGAUCCCCAUUAAGGCGAGGAAAAGUAUCGCCCCGUCUUCCUGUGCCUGAUCACAUACAGAAACCCCCUUAUGUUGGCUCCAAUAAAUUGCCUGAACUUUCAAAUGAAUAUCAAAUUCAUGAUUCUGAAGGUAUCUCUCAUAUGAGAGCAGCAGGUGAACUUGCUGCUCGUGUUCUGGAUUAUGCAGGAACUUUGGUUAGGCCAUCGGUGACUACAGAUGAAAUUGAUAAAGCUGUACACCAGAUGAUCAUUGAUGCUGGAGCUUAUCCUUCACCUCUAGGCUAUGGUGGGUUUCCAAAGAGCGUAUGUACUUCAGUCAAUGAGUGCAUGUGUCAUGGCAUACCUGAUUCUCGGCAGCUACAGGAUGGAGACAUAAUAAACAUUGAUGUGACAGUUUACUUAAAUGGUUAUCAUGGAGACACAUCAAAGACAUAUUUAUGUGGUAAUGUCAAUGAUGCAAUGAAACGGCUUGUGAAGGUAACACAAGAAUGUUUAGAGAAAGGAAUAGCUGUAUGCAAAGACGGCGCUAGCUUCAGGAAAAUUGGAAAGGUUAUCAGUGAGCAUGCUGAGAAGCAUAAUUAUGGUGUGGUGGAUCGUUUUGUUGGCCAUGGUGUUGGAACUGUGUUUCAUUCCGAGCCAAUUAUUUACCAUCAUAGAAAUAAUCAUCGAGGUGAAAUGGUUGAAGGUCAAACGUUUACAAUCGAACCGAUUCUUACGAUGGGAAGCAUCGAUUGUAUUACAUGGGGUGAUAACUGGACGGCUGUUACAGAUGAUGGCAGGCCUGCUGCACAGUUUGAGCAUAGUAUCUUGAUUACAAAGACUGGUGCUGAAAUUUUAACCAAGUGUUGAACUAAAUGCCACGGAAUCUGUGCUGUGUGCAUUGCAUGUAUACAUUAAAUGUAUCUAUGCUGUAUAUAAUUUUUCGCUAUGCUCCAAGUCCGUAUGUUUAUGAACCAAACAAAGCUAAGUGUGGUGAUAAGCUGUGACCAACCUAGAGGUCGUGGGAUCAAACCCCUUUAGUCCUCUUGGCAAUGGUUUUCUGUACCUCCCCCUCCCUCGAAAGUUCAACUAGGUUGGGAUCCCUCUGGGUCCUGGCAAUGGCAAUCUGAUAGAGUGGUGAUAGGCAAAUAAAAUAUUUUGUUAUCAUUACUCAUAUUGCAGAUUCUGUAAUUUGUUGUAGUCCUGCUGUAUGCAAAUAAUCAUUUUGUAGGUUUCCAAAAUUAAGGAAUAACAUUUUGAAGGAAUAAUGUUUGUGAAUUUUUUUUAUUUUUUUUUCCUUUUUGUUGCAUAGUCUUUUAACUUUCGAGGAUUAGUGUCUUCAAAGAUUCUACCUAUUUGCACAACUAUUAUGGCCAAUAA